UCUAAUACUUUUGAUUUAAUAAGGUUUAACUGUUAAUGGUAAGGAAUGCGUUGUAAUAGAGGUGGGUCAAAAGCUCAAGGAAUGGAGCAAUAAACAAAAGGAGAACUACCUUGUGGCCAAGAAAUUGCUGUAAAAAGGCUUUCAAAAAUGUCCAGACAAGGUGUGGUGGAGUUAAAAAUUGAAGUCACCGUGAUUGCCAAAUUACAACACAGAAAUCUUGUUAGACUGUUGGGAUGUUGCAUUGAAGGAGGUGAAAAGAUGCUGAUCAAGAGUUUAGACACUUUUAUGUUUGAUCCUACAAAGCGAGCCCGGCUAAACUGGGGAAAAUGUUUCCAGAUUAUCGAAGAGAUUGCUUGAGGAAUUCAAGCUUUCAGACAGAUGACCACUUUGGCAUUAAAGAUUAUGCAUGGGAACAGUGGGAUCAAGGUACAACAUAGAACCUUCAUGAUGCUACUAAAAUGAAAAUCUGUCAUUUUCUUGAUGAGGUACUGCCAUAUUUCCUUUGAAGAUUAAUUAGCUUGGUCACCAGAUGGAUCAUUUGUAGUUUUUUUUGUUCAGAUGUAGACAUUCCCCAGUUAAAAAAACAUGGUAGGACCUUGACCUAGGCUGGUCUUUCGUCAAAGAAAUCUUGGCAUGCAAUUGGUGAAAUAAUGUGCAUAGGAAUGUUUUGUCGGAUUCACAGUCAAAUGAAUAGUGUGCAAUGCCACUAAAUUUAUAAAGGAAACAGCAGAAGCCAUCUUUUUCAAACUUGGCUGCAGAAGCAGAUCAAAAUCUGGAUGGAAUUGACCAGGUAAUUGAGCAAGAAAGUCAAAUUCUUGAUUCUAGUUUUAAUACUAGCUACUAGUCAUAAGUAGUACAGUAAAUCUGUUAAUCUAGGAGAGUUUGAGCCAUGUUUCUUUCUUUCCUCUAUCCAAACUCCUCUGGUAGCCAAACAGAGUUGCAGGUGGCCGGAAAGUGGCACAGCGGACGACAUUCUUUAAUAAGGGCCACCAUGGAAUCCGGUAGCUUCCUGUUUUGGUACUUCCUAAUUUCCCAGAUUCUCAUUUCAACAUUCACCAUAGCUGUUGACACCAUCACUCCUGCACAGCCCCUCACACUCAACCAAACUUUAGUCUCCGCCGGUGAGGUCUUCCAACUGGGAUUCUUCAGUCCCGGUGGCAACUCCGGUGGACUGUACGUUGGGAUAUGGUACAAGGAAAUCCGAGACAGGACUAUCGUUUGGGUCGCGAACAGGGACAAACCUCUGAGGAAUUCCACCGGAUUCUUGAAAAUUGGCGAGGAUGGGAACAUCCAUUUGGUGGAUGGGACAGGGAAUUCAAUCUGGUCGUCAUCAAACACGAAUAAUCAGUCCGUGCCAGGAAACACAGUUGCCCAGCUCCUGGAUUCCGGAAACUUUGUUGUUCGCCGAGAAAACGAUGAAAAUCCAGAGAAUUAUCUCUGGCAAAGCUUUGAUUACCCGACAGACACGUUGCUACCUGGAAUGAAGCUAGGAUGGGACUCAAAGACAGGGCGGAAUCGAUACAUUUCAUCGUGGAGAAGCCCGACCGAUCCGUCCGAGGGGGAUAUCACCUUCAAGCUGGACAUCAAUGGAUUACCCGAAGCUUUCUUGAGGAACAAAGACAUCAUCAUUUAUCGAAGUGGCGGCUGGAAUGGCGUUGCGUUCAGCGGCGUCCCAGAAAUGGAACCCAAAGAAGUCAUCGCUUUCUCAUUCAUGAGAACCAAAAACGAAGUUUACUACUCCUUCGAGAUUCACAACAAGAAUUUAUUCUCCAGAUUGAUAGUGAACUACACACAGUUACUUGAAAGGUAUACGUGGAUUCCCGAGAAUCGCAUCUGGAACAGAUUCUGGAACGCCCCGAAAGACCAGUGCGACAAUUACCGAGAAUGCGGUUCCUUUGGAAUCUGCGACACCGACAUGUCCCCGGUGUGCGGGUGUCCGGUCGGAUUUAAGCCCAGAAACCAACAGGCUUGGUCUUUGCGAGAUGGGUCCGGCGGCUGCUUUCGGUACGACGAAUUGGAUUGUCCGACCGAUGGGUUUUUGUCGAUGAAUUACACCAAGUUGCCGGAGAGUUCGACGUCGUUUGUGGAUGCGACGAUGAGUUUGGAUGAGUGUAAAGAGAUGUGCGUUAGGAAUUGCUCCUGCACGGCUUACUCCAACUAUAAUAUCAGCAACGGCGGCUCUGGAUGCGUUAUUUGGACGGCGGAGCUUUUCGAUAUUCGGCAGUAUACGGCGGAAGGCGGCCAACUUCUCUACGUCAGAGUGGCUGCUUCCGAUGCAGAACAAACCGGGGAAGUUGCAAGAGGUGGGAAUGGUUUUGGCAAGACUAAAAAGGUAAUAUUGGCAUGUGGCAUAGUACUUGGAAUUGGCAUGGUUCUUUUUGGAUUACUUCUAUUGAAGAGAAGAAAAUUGCGAAGAGGUGUUACUGAAAAUAUAGAGAUGAGAGGCACAAGAGAAAGAAGUAGAGAUCCUCUAAUGAAUGCAACUGCAAUCUCAAGUAAGCGAGAGCAUUCCGGUGAGACAAUGAUAACGGAUGAGUAUGAAUUACCAAUAUUCGAUUUUAAUGCCAUUGCUAUGGCAACGGACAAUUUUGCCAAUGCAAAUAAGCUAGGCCAAGGUGGUUUUGGUUCUGUUUACAAGGGAAUGCUAGUUGGAGGUGAAGAAAUAGCUGUGAAGAGGUUGUCAAAGAACUCUAGACAAGGAGCCGAGGAGUUCAAGAAUGAGCUUAGAUUGAUUGCAAGACUCCAACACAGAAAUCUAGUGAAGCUUCUCGGGUGUUGUGUUGAUAUUGACGAGAAAAUGUUGAUAUAUGAAUACAUGGAAAACAAGAGCUUGGAUUCCAUUCUAUUUGAUAAAAAGAGAAGCUCAUUGCUCGACUGGAAAAGGCGCUACAACAUCAUUUGCGGGGUGGCUCGUGGACUUCUAUAUCUGCACCAAGAUUCGAGGUUUAGGAUCAUUCAUAGAGAUCUCAAAGCUAGUAACGUUCUCCUAGACAAGGAGAUGAAUCCCAAAAUAUCUGACUUUGGCAUGGCAAGACUUUUUGGUGGAGAUGAGACAGAGGCUGGUACUACAAAGAGAAUAGUUGGAACAUAUGGUUACAUGUCACCUGAAUAUGCAAUGGAUGGACUAUUCUCGGUGAAAUCUGAUGCUUUUAGCUUCGGAGUUCUGGUGCUAGAAGUUGUGAGUGGAAGGAAAAAUCAAGGAUUCUAUACUCCAAGCAACGAAGAGAACCUUCUUGGACUUGCAUGGAGAUUGUGGGGAGAAGGGAGAGGGUCGGAACUACUGGAUUCAGUUAUCGCUUCAGAAUCGCAUUCCGAAUUUGUUGAUCAAGUAAUGAGAUGCAUACAAGUGGGGCUAUUGUGUGUCCAAGAGAAAGCAGAAGACAGACCAAAUAUGGCAGCCGUGAUGUUGAUGCUGAUAGGCAAAGGGACUUCGCUUCCCCAACCUAAACAACCUGGAUUUUGUUUAGCAAGUAAACCUGUCAAAAUGGAUUCGUCUUCUACUAGUUACAAUGAUCAAUCAUUGAAUCAACUUACAGUCACCAUGCUGGAUGCAAGGUAGUUAAUUCAUGUAAGGCCAUGGUCAUUAUUGUGGCAUAGCUUGUAUACCUAGCUAAUUCAAUUCCAAAAUUACAAAAUUUUUGGAGUG